GCGACAGUUGACUCUCACCAUUUGCACCCCACGCGAUGCUUUUACCAUCGUGGUUAACGACGCCUCCGUAGUCCGUUUAGCAGUCAGUCGCCGUUCGGACUUGAUUCUUCUUCUCCGUCUUUAAAUAAGUCUAAGUCGAGACUGACGGCACGGACUCUGCCCUUUGUGUUUUAGUGAUUAACGGAGUUUAACAGCAGAACCGCAUACAUACCCGUCGACGUUUACCCUGGGUUAUUCUUCUUUGCAAUAUGACGAGGAUCAACUUACUGCCGGUGGCACUCUUUCUUUUGAUUUUGGUUGCCAAAUCAAGAAGCUGUGAGCUGGAUCAAAUGCGAAGUGGAUGUCGCAUUAAUAGUGGCCAAUGUAACUGUGGAUAUGGAUGCAAAUCUGAGUAUAGAUAUGAAACUGUAGAAGAAUGCAGAUUGGCAUUGAGAGGUGUACGUCAUGAUAUAUGUCACAGAAAGCCUUGCUUACAUGGUGGUUCCUGUUUACAAAUUACUCAAGAUCCAGGGUACAAGUGUCUUUGCGAGGGAACAGGAUUUUAUGGAAUUCGAUGUGAUAAAUCCUGUCCAGGACCAAAUAAUCUACGUUUCCGAGGACCAUUUCCAUAUGAGUGUGUUGUAAUCUAACUGAAGAGGAAUAAAUUACAGCUUGUAUAUUCAAAAACAAGUACAUUUAUAGAUGGUAUAAAGCAUUAAACAUUAUCUAAUAUAAUCCUCUUUGGGAAUGAGAGUAAAGAAAGUUUGUAAAUAUAUGCAGAUCAUGACAGGUCAUUACUUGUGAAUGAAAUAAAUGUUCUUUGGAAGAUUUAA